CACAGAUGCACAGAGGUGCGGAAAAAAAUGUCGACUUUCAGCCCUUCAAGUCAUCUCCACCUGGCCCAUAAAUCUGAGACCCCGUACCAGAAUUUUAAAUAGCUUCUCGGCUUUUCUACCGGAAGGUACUCAAGGUGACAACUUCCGUUUCCGGUUGGCUCUGGAUGGAGGUUUGACUAUUGAAUGUCCUGAGAGGUCAGAUUGCUGUCAGACAUGGCCCAUGGACAUGGACAUGAACAUGGUCAUGGUAAAAUGGAACUUCCAGAUUAUAAACAGUGGAAGAUAGAAGGGACACCAUUAGAAACUGUACAGGAGAAGCUGGCUGCACGAGGGCUAAGGGAUCCGUGGGGCCGCAAUGAAGCUUGGAGAUACAUGGGUGGCUUUGCAAAUAAUGUUUCCUUUUAUGGUGCAUUAUUAAAAGGAUUCAAAUGGGGAUUUGCUGCAUUUGUGGUAGCUGUAGGAGUUGAAUAUUACCUGGAGUCCCAAAAUAAAGAUAAGAAGCAUCACUGAAGAUAAUACCUGGAAGUAUCAUAGUGACUUCAUAACUCUCUUAUAAAAAUAAGAUUUCUUCACUGUAGCCUACUCAUCUGUGUAUCCCUUAAAGAAUACUAGUAAGAUUUAAUAAAGAAUAUGUGUGCCAGUC